AUACCAUGACUGAUUUAAAAUUUAAACCAAUUUAAUUCCAUGUCCUCCAAUAGGGACAUCCAAAUGGAGCAUAAAGUUUUUAAAAAAUGAAGACAAAAAUGGAAAUAAGAGAAACCCCGCUUCAUCUAUCUCAAAACCCUACUCUGCCGGUGGAGAACUGGAGAUGCCGAACCCAGGGGCGGCGGUACCGGAGACGGUGGGGCAAGCGGUGAUCCCGCUGAUCAACGGUCUGCAGGACAUAAUCGCGCGGUUGGAUGGCGACGCCGCUGCUGGCCUGGAGCUGCCGCAGGUGGCGGCGAUCGGUGGGCAGAGCAGCGGCAAGUCCAGUGUGCUGGAGGCGCUCGUUGGCCGCGACUUCCUCCCUCGGGGCCCCGACAUCUGCACGCGCCGCCCCCUUGUGCUCCAGCUCGUGCGCCACGCGGCCCCUGAGGAAUGGGGGGAAUUUCUCCAUGUCCCCGGCCGCCAGUUCCACGACUUCGAACAGAUCAAGCGCGAGAUCCAGCUUGAAACGGACAAAGAAGCUGGAGAUAAUAAAGGGGUUUCUGAGAAGCAAAUUCGUCUGAAAAUCUUCUCACCAAAUGUCCUAGACAUCACCUUGGUUGACCUCCCUGGAAUAACACGGGUACCAGUUGGAGACCAGCCCAGUGAUAUUGAGUCAAGAAUAAGAGCAAUGAUCAUGCAAUACAUUAAACAUCCAAGUUGUAUUAUCUUGGCUGUUUCUCCUGCAAAUGCUGAUUUAGCUAAUUCUGAUGCUCUCCAACUGGCAAGGCUUGCUGAUCCUGAUGGGUCUCGUACAAUUGGUGUUAUCACCAAGUUAGAUAUCAUGGACAGGGGCACUGAUGCUCGUAACUUCUUGCUGGGAAAUGUGAUUCCACUCAAGUUUGGUUAUGUAGGUGUUGUCAAUCGCAGCCAAGAGGAUAUCAACUUCAAUCGAAGUGUCAAAGACGCGCUAGCUUUUGAGGAAAAGUACUUCUUGACUCUACCUGCUUACCAUGGUCUUGCACAUUGUUGUGGUGUUCCUCAAUUGGCUAAAAAGCUAAAUAUGAUUCUACUAAAGCAUGUCACAAAUAUGCUUCCAGGCUUGAAAACUCGCAUAAAUGCUCAGUUGGUAGCAGUUGCGAAGGAACACGCUGCCUAUGGUGAUACUGUAGAAUCAGUGGCUGGUCAGGGAGUCAAACUGCUGAAUAUAUUGAGAAAAUAUUGUGAAGCCUUUUCUUCCAUGGUGGAAGGGAAAAACAGGGUGUCUACAGAUAAACUUUCUGGUGGAGCAAGGAUACACUACAUUUUUCAGUCAAUAUUUGUCAAGAGUCUGGAGCAGGAAAUUGACCCUUGCAAGAGUAUUAGUGAUGAAGAUAUUCGCACGACCAUCCAGAAUUCUGGGGGUCCAAAAGGGGCUAUGUUUCUGCCCGAGGUACCAUUUGAGAUUCUUGUGCGGAAGCAGAUAGGUCGCCUACUUGACCCAAGUCUUCAGUGUGCCCAGUUUAUCUAUGAUGAAUUAAUCAAAAUUAGCCACAGUUGCUUAAUCAGCGAACUUCAGAAAUUUCCAGCUCUUAAAAAGCGGUUGAGUGAAGUCGUUUGCAGUUUCUUGAGAGAUGGUCUUCGACCUGCAGAAACAAUGAUAACCCAUAUCAUCGAAAUGGAGAUGGAUUAUAUAAAUACUUCGCACCCAAGCUUUGUUGGAGGCACCAAGGUUGUUGAACUUGCAAAGCAUGAAGUUCUACCUCCCAAAACAUCAGCUUCACUAUCAGGUCGUAAGGAUGGUACUAUUGUUGGUUCUGAGAUACAAUUAGCAGCCGAAAGAAGCCAAAAGUCACGUGCUGUUUUCGCAAGAGAUGCAAUCAGAAGAGUAACAUCUGAACAGGCUUCUGUGGAAGCAGAAACAAGUCUGACUGGUGGUAAUCAGAUAGGUAAUUCACAGGUUGGUGAGAGUUCAAGCAAAUUACCCUCAAUCAUUCCUCUAAAAGAGCCACCCAUUACCUUGAAGCCAUCAGAAACUGAGCAGGAUGCAACAGAGGUAGCCGUUGUAAAACUAUUGAUCAAAUCCUACUAUGACAUUGUAAGAAAAAACAUUGAGGAUGCAAUCCCAAAAGCUGUAAUGCACUUUCUGGUGAACCAUACAAAGCGGGAUCUGCACAACUUCCUAAUUCGCAAACUAUAUAGAGAGAACCUGCUCAAUGAAUUGAUGAGGGAAACUGAUGAAGUACUUAUGAGAAGGCAGCGUAUCCAAGAAAUGCUUGAAAUUCUUGAACAGGCACAUAGGACACUUGAGGAAUUCCCCUUUGAAGUUGAUAAGCUUGAGAAGGGCUACAACCUUACUGAACAUGCAACUGGCCUGUCAAAAAUCCAUGGAGUCAGCGGGGACAGCACAAAUGUCAUUUACACAUCCUCCCCUAAUUGCUACUCUCCACAUCGAGCGUCUCAUAUGGUCCUAUAGAGCAGCAUGUACCAGUCACCAAUGGAGCUUACCUUUCCGCAACAGUGGUAUGUACCUGUUGCCAAUGGAGCUUGCCUUUCCACACCAGUGUUACGCGUUACCGAUGGAGCUUGCCUUUCCGCAGCAGUGUAUGGUAGUCACCAAAUGACCUUUGAUCCCAAUUCUUGAGGUUUUUAAGCAAUGAGCUUGAGAGUUACCUGUAAAUUCUAGUUUUGCUAGGGAGCAAACUGCUUUCUAGUAGAAAGCUAUUUGCUGGUAGAGAACUUUAAUUGUGUAUUCUUGAAAUUGUCACAGCCGACAUCAAUGCGGUAGUGAAUAUGGGCAACAAGGUAGUUGUAUAGGGCUAUAUCCAACAUACCAAUUUGCCCUAGUUAUCAAUUUUGUCACCAAUGAGAAUGUGAAGAUACUAGUGUAACCACGAGACAUCGAGUCAAUCUCCAUGUUGAACUUCAUUUAUUAAAUCUGACAAAACUCGUGCAUCA